AUGGCUUUUCAGGAGCUCUUGGACAAAGCAGGAGGACACGGGAGAUUCCAAGUUAUUCAGCUAGCUUUUCUCUUAAUAGUAAGUACAUUAUCAGGUACUCACAACCUGCUGCAAAACUUCACAGCUGCCAUUCCUGGUCAUCGCUGCUGGGUUCCUCUUCUGGACAAUGAGACCACUUUUGCGAAUGGCACUGAGAUGCUGGACUCUGAUUUCCUCCUUAGCGUCUCCAUCCCCCUGGAUUCAAACAUGAGCCCAGAAAAGUGUCGUCGCUUCCGCCACCCCCAGUGGCAGCUCCUGAGGCUUAAUGGGACCUUCUCCAACAUGAGCGAGCCAGACACAGAGCCCUGUGUGGAUGGCUGGGUCUAUGACCCAAGCAUUUUCCCUUCCACGAUCAUCAACGAGUGGAACUUGGUAUGUGAAUCUCAGUUUUUGAAAUCAGUGGCUCAGUUCAUUUUCAUGAUUGGAGGCCUGUUGGGAUCCCUCAUAUAUGGCCGUCUUGCAGACAGGUUUGGACGGAAGUUGAUGAUCAGGUUGUGUUCGCUCCAGCUGGCUGUCUUUGGGACCUGUGCUGCCUUUGCUCCCACCUUCCCCAUUUACUGCUCUUUGCUCUUCUUGUCAGGCUCUUCUUCCACCGGUACGCUAAUUAACUGUGGCUUACUCAUGACAGAGUGGACAGUAACAAAAUUCAAAGCUGUGACAUUAACACUGGUCAACUGUGCGGCUAGUUGUGCGCAGAUACUGCUGGGAGGCUUGGGUUUGGGAAUUCAAAAUUGGCGCACCCUCCAGCUGGCGGUAUCCAUGCCAUUCUUUGUCUUCUUUCUGUUCUCAAGGUGGCUGAUAGAAUCUGCUCGGUGGUUGAUUGUUAACAACAGAUCAGAAGAGGGCUUAAAAGCACUUAGAGAAGUUGCACGUGUAAAUGGAAUAAAGAAGGCUGGCGAUGUCCUCACAAUAGAGAGCUUGAGACUCACCAUGCAGGAGGAAUUGGCUGCUGCACAGACCAGAGUUUCUGUGUGUGACUUGUUCCGCACACCCAACAUGCGUUUGAGAACUUGCAUCCUUUCACUUAUGAGAUUUGUGACUAGUUUGUCCUAUUAUGGCAUUGCCCUCAACCUGCAGCACUUGGGGAACAAUAUUGCCUUGUACCAGGUUGUCUUUGGAGCUGUUACCCUCCCAGCCAGAUGCAUUGCCUUUUGGGCACUGAAUCAUAUAGGGCGUCGGAUAAGCCAGCUAAUGUUCAUGUUCCUGAGUGGACUUAUGAUUCUGCUCUUGAUCAUCACAUUUGUGACCCAAGAAAUGAAGACGCUGCGAGUGAUCUUGGCAGCUUUAGGAAUCUUUACAGUUUCAGCUUCUUCCAUGACGAUUGUUGUUCUCCGCUCUGAACUCAUGCCCACUGUGCUCAGAGGUACAGCUGUAGGUGUCAUCUUAGUGGCCGGUAGGAUUGGGGGAAGCAUUGCUCCUCUCAUGAUGCUGCUUACAGUUUAUAUGCCCCACCUGCCCUGGAUCGUCUAUGGCGUCUUCCCCAUGCUUGUUAGCUUUUCUGUUUUCUUCUUUCCUGAGACAAGACAUACUCCUCUGCCUGACACCAUCCAGGAUGUGGAAAAUAGACGAAAUGCUGUCCUCCUCUACUAA